GAUGAGCGGGGCGGAGCUACACCGACCCUCCGCCAACAAACCCUGGGAAAAAAGAAGAGCAAAGCAUCGGACUCACAGUGGAGUUUUUAUGUGGAUGAUAACAAGUAUCAUUUGAAGAAGAAAAAUGAGACUUAGGUCUCAAAGAACCGUCGCUUAUUGCCCGGAGACACCGAGGAGCAACCGCCAGAGGUCCAACAAAGCGACGCCGAGACCUAGGCGCGUUACGUUACCUGCUGGGACCGAAAACCCUCUUCAAACCAAGGUUGAAGAGACUGUUGAUAGUGACCAUCACCACUCAGAUGACGAAAUUCCCACAAUGAAGAGGCGACCACUGCCUCGAGGCCGGGCAAGGAAGAGAGCCAUUGCUGUUGAUGACCGAGAAACUGAUUUGGCCUUCAAGACUCCGAUCAGGCCCAUCAUGCGCCAUCAUGAGCGCGUCCUGUCAGAAAUCGACCCAGUGUCUCCUCUCAAUACAACAGCCAGGAACAUCUACUCGCCCAUCGUGCGUUUCCUCACACCCACCAAAGAGAAUGUAAAGCGUGCAGGCACUGGAAACAGCGUAUUGAUGAGCCCAGAACAAGGUGUAUUUGGCUUUGGCUCCAUUGACCUUCUGGCUGGAGAGGAGGAGGAUGACAUCUUCAAUCCCUCCACAUUCAUCAAGAACAUACCGUCCCAGUCUCAGCAUUCCCGACCCCAAAUCAGAGACAUUCCCCCCAAGACCAGGAGCACUCCGGAGGCCACGCUGGUGGUCGACCUGGAGGAGACCCUGAUGUUCAGCUCUCUGAAUGUGAUUGAGGAAGCGGAAUACACCUUCAACACAGCCUUCCAGGACCAUCAGUACAAGGUGUACAUGAUCUUACGACCACAUGUGAAAGAGUUUCUGCAGUCCAUGGCAAAAAUCUAUGAGCUGUUUGUUUACACAUGUGCAAAGAAGGAAUACGCCGAGAAGAUACUGGACAUCCUGGACCCGCAGAGAAAACUGUUUCGACACCGUCUUUAUCAGGACGACUGUGCCUGUGUUCUUGGCCACUACAUCAAAGAUCUCAGCCUUCUCGGGAGGGAUCUCGCCAAGACGGUUGUUCUGGACAACGCACCCCACACAUACCCGUACCAUCUGAUGAACACUAUUCCCAUCAAGAGCUGGUCUGGGGAGCCGGAGGACAGAGAACUCCAGAAACUCAUCCCCUACAUGGAGAAGAUGUCUGCAGCGGAGGAUUUUCGGGAGGUGCUGAAGAAGAGGAAGGAUCACUUCCACAGGCUGCUGUCGGAGGACUAACAGGACUCUCCAACCCUCCCCCCUCCCACACUUUAACUACUUUAUGUGACUUUCACAGCUCAUGUUUGCUUUCUUUAUGCUUUGGCUAAAAGCAGAAUCCAGUUGGAACUAGCUAACCUUUGUGGUGGACCUGCUCCCUCUCCCCCCUGAUGACUUUUAAGGACGGCAGAUUGGUAUUUCAAACAUGCUGUUGGUCGUUCGUCGCCAGAACCCCAUUUCUCAAAGACUCAUUCCACAGGGCAAUAAACUGCUGCCCGCUGUUUGUGUACAUAUACAAGACAAAACUUGAAAUAUGAUGUUUAUAGUGGUAAUUUUUUUAUUUUAUUUAUUGAUUAUAUUGCUAAUCAACUGCUGUUAUCUCUGUAUAUUUUAGAUAUCCUUUUUUAUGCAUUCAAAUUGCCCUGAUAAUAAAUGGAAAAUAAAGCA